AUGGAGUCAACAUUCUCGGCCAUGAUGAGUUCGACCGACCGUCCUGAUCCAAGCGAACUCGGUGCGUCUCAAAUCGUCAUCCAGCAGUAUGCAAGAUACCCUCCGACACUGGAAUCUGCGCUUCGUAGUGCCUCGUCGCUUGGCAGUGCUCGCAGCCAAGUGGACGCCAACAAAUCACCCUCACUACAUCGCAAGGAGACCCCAAGAAGUAUUCAAUCUUCUCCCAGGGGAAUGCGCUCUGCACUCCCUCCCUCAUCAGCGGCUCGCUCUGGUCCGUCCAUGUCUCCACCGGUGUUCGAUGCUCUGCGACACCAGCAGAUGAAAGAUCCGGCUGACCAGGCAGAAUCUCGCCUUUUGCCAUCGCGUGAAAUUACUGACGAAACAAUUGACGAUGCCUAUGUCUUAUUUGUUCUCUAUUGCAAUCCUAAUGUUCCUUCGUCUGUCGAUACCACCGAGCUCCGACGGACCUUCCGCUGUCCUCCACGCAGUGAUGGCAAAAGCUUUAGCGUGUUUACUCUCUUUGAGCUCAUUCGAAAACUUGACAACAAGGAGUUGAAAACGUGGAUUCAGCUAGCGAUUGAGCUAGGGGUAGAGCCCCCAUCUAUGGAGAAGAAACAAAGCACUCAGAAGGUUCAGCAGUAUGCAGUUCGUUUGAAGCGAUGGAUGCGCGCCAUGCAUGUUGAUGCUUUUUUCGAAUAUUGUCUUGGUCAUCAUCAUACAUACUACACCCAGCUCCCCCCUUCCGGUCCGUUUGUCAGCGAAUCGCGCGAUGGUGUACCGUUGGAAGAGGAUCUCGCUCUCCGUGCUCUUGUUCCCCAAUGGAAGCCUAAGCGUGGUAGGAAGCGAGCGGAGGAAAGGGAACUUGAAGAGGAGAAAUCCGUUAAACGACCUCAAUUGGACACAUCGGUUGGAGGACUGCAUCCAGGCGGCUUCCCAAACCAUUCGGUCACAUUCCCACAAAGCGCGAUACCGUUCAGCGCCUUUCCAGAUGAUGACCCUUGGAUGACAGCGUCUUCGUCUUUCCCGCCCUCGGGCCCUUCGGAUCCACAGGGACAGGAUCUUCGUUGGAGGUUCCCUGAAAGGGAGACAUCCCCUGCAGGUUAUCCUCAGUCAGCUAUAAUACCUCGGGGAAAUCAGCCAUCCGACGCACUUGCAUCAGUGGAACCUCGCUCUGCCGUCACACCAUCAUCAAGCGAGAGAACUCGUGCGCGGCGUAGGCAUGGUCCCGCGGUUUCCUCCGCUUGGCCGAGCAGCAACGGCUCUUCCACGGGGAAAAGCCGGGGACGACCAUCAAGCAAAACGCUAGCACCUGGAUCUUUCUCUACGUUCCAGGUCAAUGGUGCACGUGAGCCUACACAGGUUCCAUCCAGCCCAAUCAGCCAAUCCUCUCAUCUUGUGGUUGAUCAAAACGCUCCAGAAUCCACACCGGGUGCGAGUUAUCAUCACUCGCCCACUCCAGCCACGACUGGAAGACCAAGUAAGCUUCAACUACAGGUUCCUCAGCAUAUGGGCGCCCCAGUACGCCUCGCUACACCUCCCACAUUGCUGGUCAACGGUGUCAAUGGGGCAGCUAUCGAGGGAGCACAAGGCUCUAAGUCAGCGGGUCAUUCCUUAGCUGGAAAACAUAAUACCGAAGACAGUGCUACAAAGAUAUCAAUUGAUGAUAUCGUUCGUGUCCUAUCAGAAGAGCUUCUCCGCGCCCAUCUAACCGGACGAGCCGCCCCCUUGAAGCCCGAUGAAGCUCAUGAACUAGCGUCGGGCUUAGUCGCCAAUCUAUCCUCGGCAUACUCCCAGGUAUCCCUUGGGUUUCCGGCACUACAUAUGGCAAUUCAACUAGGUGUAGCCCAUCGCUUUGGGCUCGCAACCCCACGUCCGAGUGCGAUUUAUCUGAACAUUGAACCGGUAUUGCCACAGGGUAGUGUGGACGGAGGUCUGUCCGGACCCGGCCACGGCUCAACAGGCAGAUUCAAGGUCUCCUUGGAUUACAGUUCAUCUCAUCGUUUUUCGAUGCAGCUCGUACUUGGGCAUAUUGGUUCGAGCGCCCCGACAGCAUUUGACCACGCCUCCAAUACGAUCCCGAAUCAAGACAAAGCAGCUGCAGGUCAUGAAGUGGAUGAUAUUGAUCUUGGAGAAGACAAUAUAGACUUUCCGGCUUCAGAAACCAGUUGGAAGCAGCGCUAUAUGAGAUUGAGGGCACAAAUGCAGAAAAAGGAAAGCGCUUUGUCACAGUACAAACGCAAAAUUGUGGAGUCUGUUAUGGCAGACAUCUGA